CGACUUUUUAAAGUGUGCUUUAGAAAAUAGACCUGCUCUUAGUUUGUCAUGUGUUCACUGUUAAUUGUUUGAUAAUAGAAAGUUGUGAAAAUACCUCAUUUAUUGACUUAAUCAUGUAAAAUGGCAACAGAUGAAAACUCAUGGAGAACACAAAGCUUUCGGCAAAGCGUAAUUGCAAAAAUAGAUGAAGCUGUACAAAUGUCUGGAGUGCCCACUGCAAAAAAUAGUAUUGAAAUGGAAAAUCAUGUUUUCCAAAAGGCAAAAACCAAGGAAGAAUAUCUAGGUUUCGUAGCCAGGCUAAUUCUACAUGUCAGAGAAUUAAAUUCUAAAAAAACAGCAGGAGGCUCUGCACCAGCUACUGUUGGUGCUGGAAAUCAAGGAAUGCCAGAUCCAAUUGGAGCAUUACAAACAUUGGCACGUCAGGGAACUGGUAAUAAUCAAAUGAUGAAUAUGAAUGGACCAGGAUCUAAUCCUCAAGGAAUAAUCCCUCAAUCUCCUGCAAAUACUGCUACAAAUUUAUUGCAAAGUUUAAAUCAACGUCCCGGGCAACCUAUAACCAUGCAAGGUAUGCAAAGUAAAAUGCCAGGAAUGGGUAUGAUGCCUACUCAAACCAGUGGUCCAAUGAGUCAUAUGGGACCAAUUCAGACUAUGCAAAAUAAUUCAAUGCUAACACAGAUAAAUCAAAUGACACAGGGAAAUAUUCCUCAACAAAUGAACCAGAUGGUUACCAAUCAAAUGGGACAAAUAACUACAAGUCAGAUGCAACAAAAUAUGCAAACUCAAAUGCAAAAUCAACUAUCUAAUCAGAUGGGUAAUCAAAUUGGUGGGUCUAUCAGUGGAAUCCAAACUAGUAUCCCACAACAAAUGAAUCAAAUUGCUCCAGGUCCAUUAGGACCUAGUCAAAUGCAACAACAAUUAAGCCAUAUGCAGAGAAAGCAAGGUGAAAUGAUAAACGCUGGUUUCGCUGGUCCUCGAAAUGUUACUCCAAAUCAAUUUCUAGGACAGAGCCCAUCACCAUCAGCUCCAAGUCCUGCUGGUUUAGGUGCACCAUCAAGUAAUCAGAUGGUAGCCUCGCCUGCCUUAGUUCCAUCGCCAAGUCCACAACACGCAAUAAUGGCAGGAUCACAACGAUCUGUGGGAAUGGCACCAUCCCCUAGUAGUUCUCUGAACACUCCGGGGGGUGUGGGUGCUACUCCAAGCCCACAGCAAGAAGAUCAAGCAUAUAGAGAUAAAGUUAGACAAUUAAGUAAAUAUGUUGAACCUUUAAGAAGAAUGAUUGCUAAAAUGGGAAACGAAGGAAAUGUCGAUAAGUUAAGCAAAAUGAAAAAGCUAUUAGAAAUUUUAUCAAAUCCUACCAAACGUACUAUGUCCUUGGAUACAUUAUUAAAAUGUGAAGUAGUUCUUGAAAAGUUGGAUUUUAAACGAAGCGAUGCCAGUGUAGGCCCUCCUGUAACAACACUAAAAGAACAUCAUUUCUUUAGUCCACUAUUAGAAGCAGUAAGCACCCAUCUCCAAAGUCCAGUAGUAAAUCACACGUUACAACGUACCUUUGGCCCGUGUUUAGAAGCUUUGUUUGGUCCAGAAAUAAAGAAUUUACCUCCGCCAUUGAAGAAACAGAAGAUAGAAGAAUCUCCAAGUGAAAUACCAGAUGUCUUACAAGGAGAAAUAGCUCGAUUGGACCAACGGUUUAAAGUGAGUCUGGAUCCAGCGCAACAAAAUGGAUCAAAGUGUAUUCAGUUAAUAUGUUGGUUAGAUGACCGUCAUCUCCCGUGCGUUCCACCAGUGUCAGUUACGGUUCCUGCUGAUUAUCCUUUAACACCACCGCGUUGUGUUAUGGCACCCCAUGAAUAUGCCACAACAUUCCUUUGUGCGGUUCAGAAAGCUUUAAAUGCACGUAUAACAAAACUUCCUCGACGUUUUUCCGUAUCUCAGUUAUUAGAUACUUGGGAAAUGAGUGUGAGACAAGCGAGUGCACCAUCGCAAACUCCUGUAACCGCCAGUACAGUAUUAAUGGGUUUAUAGUAAGCUUUUAUAUAUAAAAGAUAGUAUGAAUUUAAGACAAUUAUAUAGUGACUAUUUUUAAUUUAAUUAUUUAUUUGAUUUGUUUGCGAUAAGAUAUCUAUAUCCAUAUUUUCCCUUUUAACUUAAGACAUUUUGUAUGUUUAUAUGACGUUGUAAAAUAAAUAUAAAUGAAUUUAC